UUUCGGGGGAGUCAACGGCAAGACAAACAUGAUACUCUCGCUGGAGAUGCCGCCCGCUGUUAGCAAAGCCCGCUCUAGUGUUGGGCUAACGUCGUCCCGUGCUUACAGGCUCAUACCUAUUGGGUGGAAAGGGGUCAAGGAUAUCAACAUGGUCGGCCAACUUGGAGUAUAAGAAGGCUGCCCACGCGUGUGAUGUAUAACUUUUGAUGUGUGCUUCUACACCGGACCAGCCUAUCCAGUCCUCAUACAAACUCUAAUCCACACCGGCUUCACUUAUACCAAAACAUUGACCAUGACAAGAUACAGCGUCCGAGGCGGCCUGGCCGCCAUGGCGGUCGCCUGGGCGUGCCUGACGGACGCGGCCGUGGUCACCCCCCGCUCGCAGUCGGGUGCCAGGGUCAGCUUCAAGGAGACCAGCAUCUGCGAGACGACGCCGGGCGUCAAGGCCUACAGCGGCUUCGUGACGUUGCCCCAGUCUGACCGGCAGCCGUACGAGACGAGCGUCUACUUCUGGUUUUUCGAGGCGCGCCGCUCGCCCGCGACGGCGCCGCUGGCCCUCUGGCUCCAGGGCGGGCCGGGCACGGCGUCGACGGACCAGGCGGCGUCGGGCCACAGCGGGCCCUGCGUCGUGGGCGCCGACUCGCACGCCGCGGCGCCCAACCCGCACAGCUGGACCGAGGUCGCAAACAUGCUGUACGUCGACCAGCCGGCCCAGACGGGCUUCUCGUACGACGUGGCCGCCGAGGGCGUCUACAACCUGGAGACGGGCGUCGUCGAUCUCAACACCACGACGACGACGCCCGCCAGCCAGCUCCUCGUCGCCGGCAGGUUCCCCAGCCAGGACCCGGCGCGGACGGCCAACUCGACGCAGACGGCGGCGCACACCAUGUACCGGUUCCUGCAGGCGUGGUUCGGCGAGUUUGAGCAGUACCGGCGCGACCGCGUGAGCGUGUGGUCGCAGUCGUACGGCGGCCACUACGUGCCGGCCAUCGCGUCCGUUAUCAACCGCGAGUUCAAGAACCCGGGCAGCGUCGUCGGUUGCAUCGACACCACCACCACCAACCGCCACCGCUUCCGCGUCGACUCGGCCGGCGUCAUCAACGGCAUGGUCGACCUGUACACGCAGCUGCCGUCGUUCAACGAGUACGCGUUCCGCAACCAGUACGGCAUCAGCAUCUACAACGAGUCCGUCUACAGGGCCUACGACGACCUGCUCCACCGCGACGGCGGCUGCCUCGACAGCGCGCGCGCCUGCGCCGGUGUCCUGGCCCGCGACGACCCGGACGGCGUCGUGCCGCCGUCCAUGGUCGCCGGCGCCGAGUACCAGGCGGCCUGCGGCGCCGCCUUUGAGCUGUGCGGCAACCGCCUCAUCUUCGCCUUCACGGCGGCCCACGGGCGCCACCAGUUCGACAUCGCGCAGGGCCACCCCGCGGUCUUCCCCCGGAGCUACGCGCUCGGCUGGCUCAACCGGCCCGAGGUGCAGGAGGCGCUCGGCGUCAAGACCAGCUACCUGGCCUCGUCCAACGUCGUCGCCGACGUGUUCGCGCAAGCCGCCGACAUCGUCCGCGGCGGGUUCAUGGGGGAGCUGGCGGCGCUGGUCGACGACGGCGUCAAGGUGGCGCUGAUCUAUGGAGACCGCGACCACCGCUGCAACUGGCUCGGCGGUGAGGCGGUAAGCCUCGCGAUGAAGCACAAGCAGAGCUCCGAGUUUGCCGCCGCCGGCUACGCCGACAUCACCGUCGGUGGCUCCAAGGCCGGCAAGGUGCGCCAGCACGGCCUGUUCAGCUUCAGCAGGAUCUACAACGCCGGCCACGAAGUACCCUUGUACAAGCCUGCCGAGUCGCUCGAGCUGUUCCGGCGCACCAUCCUGGGCAAGGACCUGGCGACGGGCGAGGUGAACGCGGGCAGCUGCGCCGGCUACCACACCACGGGCCCAGCGCAGGUCUUUGACGUCCAGGUGCCCCUCGAGCCGGUACCAGGUGGUAUCGAGUGCUACACGUGGUCGAGCCCGCUGAGCUAUACUUGCACGCCGGGGCAGCUCCAGGCACUGGCCAACGGUACUGCGGUCGUGAAGGAUUUCAUUGUCGUCGAGCCUGCUGCUUAG